AUGUCCAACAAUUUGAGUGUUAAAAAUAAAGCAUUAAAAAUUCUAGCUGAUGUUCAAACUAAGCAGAAAACACGAAAUGGAAACAGUGUUGAGAAGGCUCGAGGAGAUCAGUCUUCUUAUUCAGAUGAUCCAGAAAAGGAACAAAUUGGUGAACUUUUAGUAAAGUUGCCCAAGUUGAAUAAUAUAUUUGAAGUGCACCGCAAGAUAGGUGAAGGAACAUUCAGUUCUGUAUACUUGGCUUCGCUCCGAAAGCAAUCUGGACUAGCAGAGAGUCAGAAGCGAUGGUUUGCUAUAAAGCACCUAGUGCCCACUGCCCAUCCGGCCAGGGUGGAACAUGAACUUAAAUGUCUGCAUGACAUGGGUGGAAGACAUAAUGUCAUUGGUGUUGAGUUAUGUCUGCGCCAACUAGACACUAUAGUUUUUGUUAUGCCAUACAUACCUCAUAGAAAAUUUGCGGAGUAUGUUGGUGACAUGGACAGUCAUGAGGUCGCUUUAUACAUGCAAGCUUUAUUAGUGGCUUUAAAGCAUGUUCAUUCAUUUGGUGUCAUACACAGGGAUGUGAAACCGAGUAAUUUUCUAUAUGAUCGAGAAAAUAAAAGAUAUCUAUUGGUUGACUUUGGGCUGGCCCAGCGAGUGGUUCCAGCACUCCCUGAACCGCCUCCUGCACAUAUCAACAGCUCAGCCAAAAGACCUAGGGAAGAGGACACAGAAUCUCCUCCAGGAGCGAAGCGCGUUGCGCUGGACCUGUCUCUGCGCCCGCACACUUGUCUCAGCAUGCCCGUGUCAAAGCAAAUAGAUACUCUCAAAAUUAAUACCACACUCAAGCGGAAUAUGCCAAAGAACGGCGCAUCGGUGCUCACAUCAUGCGCGUGCUCCAACAUAGGUGGCGUGUGCGCGUGGUGCAUGCGCAGACCCGGAGCGCGUGCCCCCCGAGCAGGAACCCAGGGCUUUCGGCCACCGGAGGUGCUGCUUAAGAGCCCUGUGCAGGGCACGGCUGUUGAUACGUGGGCGGCUGGAGUGAUGCUGGCUUCACUACUCACUGCUAGAUACCCGUUCUUCCGAGCGGCGGAUGACGUGUCAGCGCUGGCUGAGCUGGCUGACUUGCUUGGCUCCGCUGCCAUACAGCGUACAGCCGCUAGCCUUGGUCGUCGUGUAGUGCUGUCCGGAAGCCGCGGUGGAAUCUGUCUGCGAAAGCUGGCCAAACGACUUAGAAGGCCGCCGAUCCCCGCGCCCCGUGAUACGCCCAUCUGCCCCCGUUGUACCUUGCCUCAGCCCCAUUGCCUCUGUCUCAGACCUCAGAAAGAGCAUAUUCCAGAUGACACAGAGGUUGUAGCUGGUUUCCCUGAGAGCGCCUUCUCUUUAGCGACCCAACUCCUGGAACCGAACCCCCGGACCCGUCUUUCCGCAGAAGAGGCUCUAAAACAUCCAUUCUUAACAAAUUUAUGUUCCAGAAUAUGA